CUGUAUUGCUAGUGGCGCUGUGCGCGUGUCGCUCUUCCGUCUCUUGUGGAACCAAAACAUAACGGGUUCGUGCAACGUUUGGUCAUAUUGAUGAAACCGUUUAAUCGCCUGUGCUAUCACUAUUAUUUUCUAAAAAAAUAAUUAGUAACUAUUAUUAUUGUCGAGGCUAGUGAUUUAUCAGAGUGUCAAAUAUGGAUUGUGUUUCGUUUAAAUCCCACAUAGGGACUGUUUUUGUGUUGGUUGUUUAAAUUUAAAUUAUUUUAGGUAUGAAGUUCCUCAGUGUGGGGUCCAGGACACAAGACGGCAUACAUUUUUAAGUGAAAUAACCCAUGCAUAUUAAAGAAAUUUAAAUGGAUCCUGACCCAUUGUGUGGCUUAUCUGAAUGUUCUUCGACGUCAGCUCGAUCAUCAUGGAGUAGUUCAGGAGCGGAAAACAGUGAAGAAGAAUGGCGAAAUCAAGUUGACGAGUUACAAUGGUAUAUAAGCUCAUCUACUUCACCAAGAACAAUAAAGCAUAUCAAUGGGUGUGAUGUCGUACGUAAUUCUAUUGGAUGGCAUGAGCUGUCAGAAUUGGAAAGGCGUGUACUGGAAGCUGAAACCAGAGCUUUGGAGGCAGAAGGAAAAGUUCGUGUUAUGGAAGAACGUCUCCAAGCAGAAUGGAACAGUCAUUUACCAGAUCAAACCGAAAAGGAGCAAGCUAUCAGCAAACUAGCAACUCAAGUAGAAGAACAGCGCCAGUUGAGACUUCAAGAUGCCAAAAUGGUAGAAGCAAAAGCGGCGCGCAUAAAAGAAUGGGUAACCAACAAAUUAAGAGAUUUGGAAGCACAAAACCAACAUCUUCGCGAACAAAACCACAAGUGCAAUCAACAAUUAGAAUUACUUAGACGACAUAUGGCACAGUUAAGUGCUGAUAAAAUGGCUCAAUUAAGUUCCGAUAAAAUGGCUGUUAGUGCUUGUGCUGGAACAUCUGCUCCCCGUACCAGUACUGCAUCAUUACAUAGAGCCAACAGUACUGGUUCCACACAUGCUUUGUCUGAUAACGAACCAGUUUACGCUCAAGUUGAACGAAAUCAAAAAUAUCGUACUCCAGAACGAACUCAACGAACUCAUCGCCGUCACAUGUCUGCUUGUUCACAAGUACCUCCGCCUAAUUCAACAGUAAAUGUAUUAGUACCCCCUCAUAACCAAUUAGCUAAUGAAUCUAUUUCAGCAACAACUGAUGCAUUAAACUUGAAGUCAGUAAGACCAAAAUCUGUAUGCAUCGAAUCGGAUAUAAUGCAUGAUUAUGCAGAAAUAUACACUCCAAGUAGAGAAAAAUUAUCUUGGGACAAAUCUAGUAAUAAACCACCUACUCCACCUUUGCACAGGUGUCCUUCUUGGGAAUCUCGUAUUUAUCAAGUAGCAAAUGAAGGUUUAUCAACAGUUCAUAGUAGUCAUAUUGAUUCUAAUAUUCAUCAAUCUAGAACAAUCAAUUCUCAAGGAUACUGUGAUAUUAGUGUUCCAGUAUAUGCUACUGUUAAAGGGAGAGCUAGUCAGAUUCGAUCCUGUCCAUUUACUGGUGACUCUUCUGAUGAUUCUAGUGAUGGAGAAGGAGAACAUACUAAUACACCAAACACACACAGUGUUACAACUAGAAUAACAAAUAGUAGUAGCACUGAUAAUACUGAUACAUCCAUGUCUAGCUCUAGCCCAAGCAAAAGUCACAAAACUACUUCUACUUUCUCACCAAUUAAACAUAUUUCAUCAGGAUCACCUUCUAAAAAUACCUCAAUGGAAUCAGGCAUAUCAGAUGAUUAUGCGAUACCUCCUGAUGCAAUGUCAUGUGGUGAAGAUUCUGCAGAAUGGUCUUCAUUGGUGUUAAGACUGAACCUUAAUGGAGCUUCUGUAGUGGCUGAUAGUCCUAGUAAAUGUAAUAAAACAGGAGUACUUGAUAAAUCUGGUCACCUAGCCAAAUUAGGUGGAAAAUUAAAAACUUGGAGAAGAAGGUUCUUUGUACUGAGUAAUGGCAAACUUCGUUACUGGAAAACUCAAAAUGAUAUUUCUCGUAAGCCACAACGUGAAAUUACUAUCGAUGACUUGUGUCGAAUUACUAGACAGGAUGGUGCUGCUACAUUUGAAAUAUCUACUAUUAAAAAAACUUACUACCUCACUGCUGAUUCAAUUGCAGCUAUGGAAGAUUGGGUUAAAGUUUUGCAAAAUGUCCAGAGACAUAACGCAACCAGACUUCUUCUGAACAAUGAAAACAAUAAACCAACAAUUCAAGGUUGGCUCACAAAAGUCAGAAAUGGUCAUGCUAAACGCUGUUGGUGUGUUUUAAUUGGCAAAACUUUUUUGUAUUUCAAAUCUUCAACAGACACUAGUGCUUUUGGUCAAAUUAAUAUGAGAGAUUGUCAAGUAGAAACUGUUGAUCAUUUUUCUGAUUCUGAUGGUGAAGAACGUGAUUCUAACCAACCACCAACUAUAGUUUUAAAUCCAUCUCAUCAAGGACCUUCUACUUAUCUAUUAAUGUCUUCUAAACAAGAAAAAGAUUCAUGGCUAUAUCAUCUGACUGUAGUGUCUGGGAGUGGAAAUCAAUCUGGAUCACAAUUUGAACAAAUUGUUCAAAAAUUAUUGGAAGCUUCUGGUGAUCCAAAUUGUGUACUAUGGAAACAUCCAAUUUUGCUACACUCCAAAGAUGCAAUAAGUACUCCAUUAACUACAUUAUCUGUUGAAUCAUUACAAUACGAAGCAAUUAAGUUGUUUAAAAGCUGUCAACUAUUUAUGUCAGUAGCAAUCGAAAAUGCAGGAAUAGAUUAUCAUGUAGUUUUAGCUCAAAAUGCAUUACAAUUAUGUCUUGAUAACUGGGAAUUACAAGCAGAAAUGUUGAGUGCUUUAAUCAAACAAACUUCUAGACAUGCAUCUCAUAAACAUGGCGUCCAGGUAUUCUCCAAACUACGUCAUCGUCAACUCUUAUUAUGCGCUACACAGUCGCUGUUUACGUGUGAUGCUGCAUUGGCUUCAUCUCCAACCAUAAGUACAACUCAGUCAAUUGUACCAGGAUCGCCAAGUCACAGUAUUACAGCUCCAUCAAGUCCAGCUUCAUCAUCUUUAUUUGAUCACUGCAAAGCAAACCCACCUAUGUAUGUUUUUGUUCAAGGAUGGCAAUUAUUAGCACUUGCUGUUUCUUUAUUUGUACCUAAAAAUACUAAACUACUGUGGUUUCUAAAAUUACAUUUGAAGCGUAAUAUAGAUACAAAGACUGAAUGUGGUAAGUAUGCAGCUUAUUGUGAACGUGCACUUGAACGUACAAUAGCAAAUGGUGUGCGUGAAGUAAAACCUUCAAGGAUGGAGGUACUAUCUAUUUUGUUAAAAAAUCCUUAUCAUCAUUCUUUACCACAUUCCAUUCCUGUUCAUCUGCUCAAUGGAACUUAUCAAGUUGCUGGAUUUGAUGGUUCAACAAUAAUUGAAGAGUUUUUAUGUACUCUUAAUCAAGAAACUGGGUGCCGCGACAGUAGUCAGUCAGGUUUUACAUUAUUUAGUGAUGAUCCCAUUGAAAAAGAUUUGGAACAUUAUAUUGAACCUCAUGCAAAACUUUGUGAUGUUAUAUCCAAAUGGGAAACAGCAUUAAGAGAAAAAGGUUCAGGGAAGUUUGAAAACACUCGGGUUAUUCGUCUCAUUUUUAAAAAUCGAUUAUAUUUCAAAUCUUUUGUUAAAAAAGAAACUGAUCGUGAAAGAUUACUUCUUUGCUAUCAAAUUAAUCAAAAAGUUGUACAUGGUCAUUUUCCUUUAACUAAAGAACUUGCUCUAGAGCUAGCAGCACUUAUGGCACAAAUUGAUUUUGGUGAAUUUUAUUGUGAAAAAAAUCGUGGAAGUGGUGGUAAUACAAAAGAUUUACAAGUACUUCAAGCAUUGGACAAAUUUUAUCCAUAUCGAUAUCGUGAUGGAGCAUCUCAGGAAACAAUCAAACACCUUCAAACUGGAUUGCAAGAUAAGUGGAUUUCUCUUAAAGGACGAACAGUAUUAGAUUGUGUAAGAAUAUAUCUCACCUGCACUAGAAAAUGGCCUUAUUUUGGAUGCUCGCUCUUUCAAGCUAAAAUGAAACAUGGAGAAAACACAAUUUUGUCAGGUACUAUUGUGUGGCUUGCUGUUUCUGAAGAUAGCGUUAGUUUGCUAGAAUUAAGAUCUAUGCAACUUAUUGAAACUUAUAUGUAUGAUCAAGUUCUAACUUUUGGAGGAUGUCAAGAUGAUUUUAUGUUAGUUAUUGCAUCUGAAUCUGCUAUUAUUGAGUCUCAUAAGCUUUUAUUUUCUAUGAGCAAACCAAAGAUUCUUGAAAUAACUUUAUUAAUUGCUGACUAUAUGAAUGCUCUUGCACUAAAUAAUACAUCAAAUUCAACACCAAAUUCUCUCAACAGGAAUAUGCAGCCUGAUAUUCUCAAAGCUACUCCAGACCAUCAAAUACACAGGACUGAAUCCCAGAAUAAAAAGCGAAUUGACUCGUGACAAUAAAGUAUUAUUAUUCAACUUUGGUAUAAACGAUAUACCUCUUAUGAAUAUUCUAUGCGUAAUAAAUAUUGAAUUAAUAAACUUUAAAUUAUUUAAACUUAUACCUGAAUAAUUUAAAUUAAUACUACAAUUUUUAUUGUUGUCUAAAUUGUUUUACUUUAGACAUUAUUAUAAGACAACUUUAUGAUACUAGUUUUUACUGUCAGUUUGAGGUCUAUAUUAACUCAAUAUUUAGCCUAAUUAUGUUACCAUAAGAUUUAAACAAAUCUUAUUAAUAAACUUAUUGUGCAUUGAUAUAUAAGCAAAACUUAAAAUAGCAUUAUAUAAGAAAAUUGCUAUUGCCAUAAAAAACAGACUGUCAUAAUUUACUUGUUCUACUCUCCUUAUGGGUGAAGUAAAGUAAAACCCGCAUUGAUUUUUAUUACUUAAAUGAAAAAUUUUAAAUUAGGUAAUAUUUAUUACUUUGUAUUGUGUAUUCAUUUUUAUUGUUACUAUGUUUGAAUUUAUAAAAAUUGGAGUCUGACUAAAAUAAUGUUACAUUUUAUUCUUAAAACCUCAGUAGUAAUUUUUUUUAGUGUAUUAAUUUAAUUAAUUUUUUGUUUUAAAUUCAAAUGUACAAUUCUACCAAAGGAAAUUGUACCUUAUUGUUUUUUUAAUAUUAAUUUUCAAUAAAAUUUUGUGAUUAACGAACUUAACAUCACAUUAUUAUUUGAAUAAACAUAAAGGUUGUGCUAUAUUUUUAUUUUGUACAAAAUGAUUAAAUAAAAUUGCAAUGAUUUGUUAUAUGUAAAAAAAUUAACUUGAGCAUACUAAAAAUUUUUUUAGAAUUUG